AUGUGGGAAUUUCUCGCUCGAUAUGCACCUAUUAGUCUUUGGGGCGGCAGUGUACCGCUGUCAUCUGUCCGCUUGUUUUAUAGCAGUGAUUUCCUCCUCCUUUGGAAGGAAAACGAAGGUGAUCCAUUGAUACUACAAUGUAUCCUUAAUCCCGAGGCUGUGGGAGUCAUACGCAGGAUCCGGCGUUACGUGCUGAAAGACGCGAAAGAAGCGUGGAGGCUGAAAGAGUCUUACAGAGACACUUUAGCGAUGGAGGCGGUUGCUUUCAUAGCUUAUCUAUGA